GAUCAAGAGUUAUUUCCAAGGAAGGAAGACAGUUCAAAUCAGCACUGAUGUCUUCGGUAAUUAGUUAAUCUGGCAUCCUACGUGCCUCGUAUAGGUUCAGGUUAAUCUGGAAUGGCGUAAUGAGUUUGAACGUAAUGUCUGCAACAAGCAUCACUGAACAUAAACAGAGCAAACGCUGACCAAAGGCCACAGACUUUACACUAGUCACACAAUGCUGGACCUGAACACGACAAAAAAGCAAUCAACUGUAUGCGUGGAGCGGCCAGGAUUCAGACAUCACAGAAAAGAGAAUUAUGUAUGUCAUUCUCCUGUGUCCCAGCAAAGCACAGACAGUGGAGACGAGUUCAUUCAGCUCAGGAAACUGAAUGGCUCACCCGGUGAGUGUCCCAGUCGCCAGAAUCUCCAUAAGGAGCUUCUGCUCAGCCACAAGAGAGGCCUGUUGGAGGAGAGACCAGAACUGCAGCGUGUGUUACAGCAGAGGAGGUUUGACCUGCACCGAGAGGAGGAACUUGCCCUCCGACCUCCUUCUGACCUGGAACAAGAGCUCCGUAAGAGACAGCAGAAACUGCAGGAGGUACUGACCAAUCUCUGUCCGCUUGAUGUUCCUCAUUACUGAAAUGGAGGUCAAGAGUUUUGCCAGAUGAAAUAUGAGAUGGAGGAACAGAGGCGCAUAGAGGAUGAGAAGAAUGUUCCAGAAUUUGUCCGAGUGAAAGAAAAUCUGCGUCGCA